GUGAGAUCGUCACUCAUUGUAUCAUUGGGCUGUGAGUUGACCCUGAUUUCUGUUAUAACAAUUUGGAUCUACUCAAGUAAAUAUUCUCCAUUUUAGAUCUCACGCUCACCAGAAGCAAGUUUAUGCAGUCUGAGGGCUGGGAAGGAUUCAUAAGUUAAUUAUUUAGAGGAGCCAAGUUCAAAAUAGAUAAAGAAAAAUAAAUGGAUUGGAUGUGGAUAUUACUUUGAUAACUUCAUACAUACCUGGACUUAUGGAUAAAGUUGGAAACAUUUUCAGAGAAUUAACUGGAUAUGAGCUUAUUCAAGUGGUUAGGAGUCAUAGUCACGCAAAGAGCACGUUAGUUUGUGCGUUACAAGCAAAACCAUUUAUUUUAAGAUGAUGAAACACAUGAGCAUUAACUCCUAGGACUGACUUUUUAAGUCCUAAGUAACUUGUUAAUUGCUUUUCAUCAUCUUCUUUAUACUUUAUAUUCUUACUUUUAUUCACUCAUUCACACCAUUCCAUGCAUGGACCAUGAACUCUAAGAAGAAUAUGUCAACUUCUAUAUACCCAAAGGUUGAGCGCAAGAAGCACAAAUCAUUUCAUUGCCUCCUUACAGUGAUUUUGCUCGCUGCAGCUUUCUUCUUGGGGAGUGCCUUUGUCGUCUCAAACUGUAAAGAGAUUUUUCGAUGGGGAGUGCUUUCAAGGUCUAAGAUGUGUGAGACUCGAGACAGACUUUAUGGAAGCGAGACGCUACCUGAAGGCAUUGUCUCUGGCACGUCUGAUUUGAAAAUGCGUCCAUUAUCAGGCCCUGGAAAUGAAAAGAACUCAAAGACCCCAAUGAACUUAUUGGCCAUUGCAGCUGGGAUAAAGCAAAAAGAAAGUGUAGAUAAAAUUGUCAAAAAGUUUCCACCAAGUGAUUUUGUGGUAAUGCUUUUUCAUUAUGAUGGCAUUGUGGAUGAUUGGAGAGAUUUAGAAUGGAGUGCUCAAGCCAUACAUGUAUCCGCUAUCAAUCAAACUAAGUGGUGGUUUGCUAAGCGUUUCUUGCAUCCUGAUAUUGUUUCAGGCUAUGCCUACAUAUUCCUGUGGGAUGAAGACCUUGGAGUUGACAAUUUUAAUGCUAAAAGAUAUCUUUCAAUUAUUCGAGAAGAAGGGCUUGAGAUAUCACAGCCAGCCCUUGAUCCUGAAUACUCCGAGUUGCAUCAUCAGCUUACAGCCCGAGACAACAGAACAAGAGUACACAGGAGGAUUGUUAAGGUGAUCGGCGGUGGAAGAAGGUGCCACGAAAACAGCACCAAUCCUCCUUGCACAGGGUUUGUGGAAAUGAUGGCACCUGUUUUCUCGAGAGCAUCCUGGUGUUGCGCAUGGCAUAUGAUUCAGAAUGACUUGGUUCAUGCAUGGGGCUUGGAUUUUCAACUUGGCUAUUGUGCACAGGGCGAUCCUACCAAGAACAUAGGAAUUGUUGAUUCCGAGUAUGUUGUUCACUAUGGUCUUCCGACACUUGGAGGUCCAGCACUAAAGAUUCGACAGCCAACAAACAUGCAAUCAACUGUUGCACUCUCAUUUGUAUUAGUUACUAACUCACAAUGGCAAUCCUCAAUGCAGACAAAUUCUGAAACCCCUGACUUAGUAGCUCAGAAUGAAAACUUAGCUAGUUCAAAACAACAGGUAACAUUGUCCAAUCAGCCUACUAGUAGAAAUGAGGUGAGAAAACGGUCAUAUGUUGAAUUAGAGAUCUUCAAAAAUAGAUGGAAAAAAGCUGUGAAGGAAGAUGAUUGCUGGAUUUAUUCACUUAAAGAAUAAAAAAAACAGUAGAAACACUCAAAGCGUUUUGUUAGAGAGGAGAAAUGGCAGCAAUUACCAACAAAGCUACCGUUUCAAGUGUAAAAAGUACAAUUAUUUUUCUGCAAUGUUGAGGAGCAUAAAGUCUAAUACCUAUUAGAAUAAAGCUAUUCUUUUAAUCUAUCAAAUCUUGUAUAACUACAGCAAUAUAACACGAUUCGUUUUGCAAGGGCUAGACAAUUUAUUUAUUAUG